GGCGGAACAGAGCAGACGAAGGCAGCACGUCGUAUCGUUCCGCGCCGGCCAUACAACGCUGCGCACCGGCUCUCGAAAACUACCUAUAUACGCGGGGACUGUGGUGGUUUGCCUUUGAAUACAGGCAAACCCUCGCCGCUGCUUUGAGACAAAGCGACGGUCUUAUCGUUGGUGCGCGGGUAUUUCGUUAGAGUUAGCGAUCUGUUCGCGCUGCGUGACUAGCCGAGUGCUUUUGGAGUACGGACGGACGGAACGGACGCUUGACGGUCGUGGGUUUACACGGCGGUGAAAAAAGAAAGAAAGAAAAUGAGCGGCCACCUCGGAGACCUGAGCCCGACGCAGGAGGCAGCACUCAAAAGCUUCAGGAAGGCGGUUGGAGAUCUACUGAAGCCCGAGCAUGAUGACCGCUACCUGCUUCGAUGGCUCAGAGCGCGGGAUUUCAACCUCAACAAAGCCGAACAGAUGCUGCGAGCGCACGUCGAAUGGAGGAAGCAGUUUGGCACCGAUGACGUCAGGACAUGGCCCGAAUCACCAGAGGUUUUGCGCAAGUACUACCCUGGUGGCGUCGUGGGCCACGACCGUGAGGGUCGACCAGUGUCCAUCAUCCCGCUCGGUAGCUGCGAUCUCAAAGGCCUGCUGAAUAGCGUCACUAUAGACGAGGUCAUGAGGCACGUUGUCCGGCAGUUUGAGGAUGUGGAUGAGGAUAUCAAGCAGCAGGCCGAAAAGCUGGGGAAAGACAUCGAGACCGUCACGUACAUUUUCGACUUUGACGGAUUCGCCCUCUCCACACUGGCUUCGAAAGCAGUGAUCGACUACCUUACAAAUCUCAUGUGCAUCUUCGAGGACAACUAUCCAGAGAGGCUUCAGAAGGCGUUCGUCAUCAACGCUCCCAGGUACUUCCCCAUCUUUUGGAAGAUCGUUCGGCCAUUCCUGAGUGAUAUGACGGCGCGAAAGCUGGCCCUCUACGGUAAAGACGAGCAGGCCUGGAAGAAAGCCCUGCUCGAUGAGAUCGACGCCGACCAGCUGCCGCGACACUGGGGAGGCACGCAGACAGAUCCCGACGGAAACCCCCGAUGCCCUUCUGUGGUUAUAGACGGUGGCGAGGUUCCGGCCCACUACUACCGGAACACGAAUGGGAAUUCGGCGCUGGAACUGCAGCAGUGCUCAGACCAGAUCCCUGCUGAGGUUGCGCGGGCGAACACGGCGGUAAGCCGCCAAGCGACGCUGGAGGUGCCCGUACGGGUAGAAGAGGCCGGCAUGCUGCUUGCCUGGGAGAUCGCCUGCGACGACUUACUGUUUGGAAUCUCCUACAAGGGAACCGACACGCUGCCCGCUGAGGACAACGGCACCGAAGUCAUUCUCAAGCCAUCCCGCAUCAAGGCUGUCGCCAAGGUGCCCGAGACUGGAUCCGUGACGUGCUCCAAGCCGGGCCUGUACGUACUCAACUUUGACAACAGCUUCAGCACGUUCACCUCCAAGAAGGUGUCCUACUCAGUGCGACUCCUGGGGGCUUCUGCGAUGCGUUCCGAGUCCUAAACCUGUGUGAACCCUGCCCACCGGUGGCGUCGACACGAUGAACUUUUUACGGGGCUCCGCAUUGAUGCUGGCGUUUACUGAACCUCCUUCGUUGUUACUGUUUUUCGUUGUUAAUGUACCAAACACAAAACGUAUGACACGACCUUGUACCUGGUGAAGCGGUCAUUUGUGUGCGCGUAUCUCUGAGACCAACAUGUUCUUGGAAAUGAUGAGGCAAUAGUUGUCGUGGAGUCACGUUAGUUCAAGCUUUAGUAAGACGGAAGAAGUACGACAAAAGCGCUACAUGCAGCUGCAUCUGUUCGGCCGGGAAUACUAACCAUGCACACGCACUAGGUAUAUCGUGAUUCCCUGCUCGACAGAUCGAGCUGCUAAUUUAGUUUCUGCAGAGUCAAUUGAGUUUAUUAUAACAAUUCAUUGGUGUUUUUCUCUCGACGCGCUUGCAUGAUUUGCGGAAAGUGUUGUUGCAUGUAAUUGCAUAUAUGCCCUCAUUAUGACGCGUUCGCGUGUGUACCGCAACUAUGAAAUGUGUACGGCUGGGUUUCCUGAACAUUGUUUAUUCAGCCACAAAACACCACUUCUGCAGCGAAUGUUGCGUUCCAACGGUGCACUCAGAUGUUUAUGUGUUCCCUUGUGGGGUGUCCUAGCAUUAGCGCGAAUGUUUUCCUAGAGUGACCGAUGGUUUGUUUUUUAUGUAUCGUUUCGACUCCCAGUGCAACUUCCACUAUGACGUCGCAUUUAAUUGUUCUAGCACCGCUGUUGUAUACCGUAGGUAAACAAACACGAGUGUUCUAUAACAAAAAAGUACCAUUACGAAGUUUUCCGUUCGUAAAAGCGAUUUGUUAUUGGCCUGGCGUUCUUGCUGUCAACACAUCCAACAUCGCGACUGUAUGUGAGUUAUUCUUAAGAACUGCUCUAGGGGUCUAAGAAGGUUUUGUGAAUACGGACCCUGAUCUCAUAUAUCAUGCAUCUUUUGAACAUUGUUACCAUGAACGAGAUUAGUGCAAUGUUAUCCAUGACUUCGAGAAACGAUUUGUUGAAACUUAAAACCGCCAAAAGGCUGACAGCUACUUCUCGUGCAAGAGUCCCUGUUGUAUACUCUUUCCAGAUUAAGCGUGGCUGUGCAGUAACUUUUGUUUUCCUAACUGUGAUUGAUGUAAGCAGCACGGUGAACGAACUAGGUAGUACAAUUAUUGUCAUUUUUAUUCCUCAAAACGAAAGCCGGCGUCACUAUUCUCAGUGUUCAGUGGCUGAGAACGCCUUUGCACGGCAACGCGAAGUAGAGACUGUGAUGAAAACGUUCUUCCAGGGCAGCCAUGAAUCGCGUCCACCGAUUUCGACGCCAGGAUAAAGGAGCGAGAUCAAACCGGUGCAGCCGACCUUGACGCCUUUGCCUGAACUUGUUCCUCAAGGUUGGACCACUGACGAUUUCGAAUAAAUGCGUUCAGCGAACGCACGUUAUUUUCUCA